AGAACGAGCUAGCCGAGGCCGACAUCGGCCUCACGGACCUCUCGAUACCCCAGUCGCCGACGCCCAACUUCCCUGCGCGGCCACUUGCGCGCAGUUCGAGCGGUGCCGUAACGCAAGCUCCAAUAGGACUUGGGAUCUCUUCUGGCUUGGGUAUGAUCGCCGGGCAGCUCAAGUCGUCGUCUUCGCCGACACUCGCCAACAGGCCGCUACCGGACACGGACAGUAGCCCAAACCCAUUGGCUCGCAGACGGAUGUCGCGGUCGAAGACCCUGCCAAGGAUACCAAGAGCAGCGCAUAGGACGCAGCUCAGCUUGGACGGGCUCUCUAUGGGCACAGAGAAGAUUGCAAAGCUGAGACGAUGGAUCAUGAGCCUGAUAACGGUGAACUUCGACCUCGAAGUAGGCCCCAAGAUUACGAGCAUAUACCCGCCACUGCGGUUGACGCAUGCAGAAGCCCAGAAUAUUGCCUUCUCGUCAUUCCCGGAUUCUUCGCAGUUCGAAGAGGGUUCACAGACGCACUCUUUCCGAAUUCGAUCGCGGGGGCUUGUGGAAGGAGAGAACUGGGACGUCGAUGCUGUCCGGCCGACGACAGUGGAUGGCUUCAUAUACGGUUUCUCAUGCUUCACGCGGACGAAAGAUGCUUUGUCCAAGCGUGGAUAUCAGCAGACGUCAAUAGUGAUUUUGUCACAUCUUGCAUACCCCUCGUUGUUUGAUACCCUAGUCUGUAAACUUGCGCCGUCUUUCAUGAGCCAUGGCGGGCCCAUGCUGGAAGCGGCGUGUCAUAAUAUCGCUAAUUGGCCAGACCCGAUACCGGGGACUGCUCUUGAAUUUGGAUUCCUUGGGGCCGUACUCCAUGUGGAACUGCCGCAGGCUAUUGAGACACAGCAGGCUAUGUCUGCCCUGGCGCCCGGUCGCACCAGAGAGACUGAUAUUCAAAUAUUGGCCUCGAUAUGCCCUCCGGAUCCUCCCAUAAUUGGUCUCUUCGAGGCGGUUGUCUCCAACCUGUGGUCAAUAUGGGAAUGCGUUGUCCUAAGCGAACCUAUCCUAGUUUUUGGGCCUUCGCCCUCCAUGAGUAGCAGGGCAGUCUGGUGGCUCCGGGAUCUUCUGCGCCCGAUACCCCUCUCUGGAGACUUUCGACCCUUUUUCACUAUACACGACGCCGACCACACAGCUUUAGUCAACCCACGACCACCACAAGCCGGCCUUCUGGUUGGCGUUACCAACCCGUUCUUUGACAAGGCGUGUAGACAUUGGCCAAACGUGCUAAGUCUUGGUAGACAGCCCACUACACAAGAGAAGAAGAAUGGCUCGCAUGGUCCUCUUGUGGUCGGUCCUCCGCCUGGAUGGAGGUCAACGCACAGGCGCUAUACAUCCCGAGAUCGCACUUUGCUUAAGCAGCUGGAGACCGCUUGUCGAGGUUCGGAACAAGCCAAGCGGGAAGCGUCUGAGGCGCUCCGCCAGCACCUCACAUCCCGCACGAACGCAUUGCUCGUCCCCCUCCAGCGUUAUCUCCAAACGCUCAUCCCCACCCCGAGCGAAUCGCGCUCGAAUCUCUCCGUUCCUGCAAGACUCAAGGCGUUCCAAGACGCUGCGUUCUUCGCGUCGUUGAAGGCCCACGGCUCACCAUUGCCAUUCAAGAGCAGCUCCAAGCAGCGAGAAUUCUAUGAGCGAUGGUUGCGGACUCCUGCGUUUGGUCUCUGGCUCGCGAGGCAAGAAGAGGUCGUACAGGGCGUAUUGAAUGGGAUGAUGUAA